AUGGAAUUUUACUGGCCCGGUGUCAACGCAGAUGUCACAAGGUAUUGCAGGUCCUGCGAUGCGUGCCAACGAACAUUUCCGAAGGGUCAUGUUGCGAAAGUACCUCUUGGAACAAUGCCAUUGAUAGAUGUGCCAUUUCAGAGAGUUGCAAUUGAUAUUGUAGGAACUCUCCAACCACCUACGGAUCGUGGAAAUCGAUAUAUCCUAACCAUCGUCGAUUAUGCCACUAGAUAUCCAGAGGCUGUUGCACUCAGAGGAAUAGAAACGGAACGCGUUGCGGAAGCUCUUGUUGACGUCUACAGUAGAGUUGGUAUUCUUAGAGAAGUAUUGACUGACCAGUGCAGUCAAUUUACUUCAGAUGUGAUGAGAGAAGUAAGUCGGCUCCUCUCGAUACGCCAGCUCACGACCAAACCUUACCAUCCCAUGUGCAAUGGUCUUUUUGGAAAAGUUCAAUGGGACACUAAAAUAGAUGCUCAAACGGAUGUGUACAGAACGACCGAAAGAUUGGGAUAA